CGCGGCCGGCUCAUUGCGGCCGGGGCAGUCGUAACGUUGCGAGCGGUUUAUUUUUUUUUUUCUCUCCGUAUCGGGGGUCGGGAGUUCGUCGGGAGCGGAAGCGGAGCGGCGGAGCCGGACCUCGGGGGGCCUCGCUAGGGCCACAGCGGCCGGCAGUUGGGCCCCCCCUCCCCGUCCCCGCCCCGGCCGGCGGUUCCAGGAGCGCAGGAAGGGGGAGCGCGGGACCCGCCCCCGGUCGGCCGGAGUCAUGAACUCCAACGUGGAGAAUCUGCCUCCGCACAUCAUCCGCCUAGUGUACAAGGAGGUGACAACACUGACGGCGGACCCACCUGAUGGCAUCAAAGUCUUCCCCAAUGAGGAGGAUCUCACGGACCUCCAGGUCACCAUCGAGGGCCCAGAGGGCACCCCUUAUGCUGGAGGUCUGUUCCGGAUGAAGCUGCUCCUGGGCAAGGACUUCCCUGCCUCCCCACCCAAGGGCUACUUCCUGACUAAGAUCUUCCACCCAAAUGUGGGUGCCAAUGGCGAGAUCUGUGUCAACGUGCUCAAAAGGGACUGGACGGCUGAGUUGGGCAUCCGACAUGUGCUGCUGACCAUCAAGUGCCUGCUGAUCCACCCCAACCCGGAGUCUGCACUCAAUGAGGAAGCAGGCCGCCUGCUUCUGGAGAACUACGAAGAGUAUGCUGCCCGCGCCCGGCUGCUCACGGAGAUCCAUGGGGGUGCAGGCGUCGGCAGCGGGAGGGCUGAGGCUACCCGGGACCUGGCAGGCGGGGCUGCAGCAUCCUCUGCUGACCCCAUGACUCCAGGAGCCGAGGGUCCCAUGGCCAAGAAGCAUGCAGGCGAGCGAGAUAAGAAGCUGGCAGCCAAGAAGAAACUGGACAAGAAGCGGGCGCUGAGGCGACUGUAGUGGGCUCUUCUCCUUCCUUAGGUCCUGUUCCCGCCCACUCUGUCUCUAAGUUAUUUAAAUUAUGGCUGGGGUGGGGGAGGGGAUGGGGGCACCAGAACCUGGAUUUGGUUUUCUAAAUAUAAGUUGGAAAAGCA